AUGGAAGUAGCAUCCAGUAGUACAUCUACUUCCACUGUUAUUUCAACAUUAGUUGCUAAUUUUGUUUUAUUUAGUAUUUUUGUUACAUGUUUCUUGAUAUUAAGAUUAAAAUUUAAAAGAAUAUAUAGUCCCAAAUCAUCAUUUGAUUUAGUUGAUGAAGAAAAGAAACCAGAACCAUUACCUAAAGAUCCAUUUAGAUGGGUAUAUAUAUUAUUAACUAAACCUGAUUCAUUUAUAUUACAACAAGCAGGAUUAGAUGGUUUCUUCUUUUUAAGAUAUUUGAAAAAUUUUGCUACUUUGUUUUUAUUUGGUUUAUUAACUUAUAUUAUAUUAUUACCAAUCAAUGCAUCUAAUGGGAUGGGUAACGAAGGAUUUGAUCAAUUAUCAAUAGCAAAUGUCAAACAUCAACAAAGAUAUUAUGCACAUGUUUUCGUUGGUUGGAUAUGGUAUGGUUGUGUUAUAUUUGUAAUUUAUAGAGAAUUAUUCUUUUAUAACUCACUUAAAAAUGUUGUUUUAUCAUCACCUAAAUAUGCUAAAAAAUUAUCAUCAAGAACUGUUUUAUUUCAAGGUGUACCUGAUUCAUUAUUAGAUGAGAAGCAAAUUUUUAAAUUAUUUUCAGGAAUUAAGAGAAUCUAUGUAGCUAGAACAAAUAGGAAAUUAGAAGCAAAAGUGCAAGAAAGAGCUGCAUUUGUAAAUAGACUAGAAAUUGCUGAAAAUAAAUUAUUAAAAAUGGCAGUCAAAUCUAAAUUAAAAGCUGAUAAAAAGGGUGAAGUUUUAGAACCAGUUGAUGACAUACGUGCAUAUGUUCCAGAAAAGAAACGUCCAAGAACUAAAAAAGGUGGAUUUUUCAGUAAAAAGGUAGAUACAAUUAGAUUUUGUCAAGAGAAGAUUCCUGAAUUAGAUGUUGAAGUUAAACAAUUACAAAAAAAAUUUAGACAUUCAAUGCCUUUGAACUCUAUAUUUGUUGAAUUUGAAAAUCAGUAUUAUGCUCAAUUAGCUUAUCAAUCUACCUUACACCAUAAUCCAAUGAGAAUGUCACCUGCUUAUAUUGGUAUUGAACCAAGUGAUAUUCAAUGGUCAAAUAUGAGAAUUUUCUGGUGGGAAAGAAUUACAAGAAAAGCUUUAGCGUUGGCUGCGUUAGUUGCAUCAAUUAUAUUUUGGGCAAUUCCAGUGGCAUUUGUUGGUGUUAUUUCAAAUAUUACAUAUUUAACUGAUAAAUUACCUUGGUUAAGAUGGAUUUUAAAUCUACCUGAUCAAUUAUAUGGUAUAGUUACUGGUAUUUUACCAACCGCAAUGUUGGCAGUUUUGAUGAUGUUGUUACCAAUGUUUAUCCGAGCAAUGGCUAAAAUCGCAGGUAUGCCAUCUUAUCAAUCAAUUGAAUUAUAUACUCAAAAUGCUUAUUUUGGAUUUUUAAUGGUUAAUGGUUUCUUAGUCACUGCUUUGGCUUCUUCUGCAACCGCAACCGUUACAAAAAUAGUUGAACAACCAACAUCUGCGAUGUCUGUAUUAGCUACAAAUUUACCAAAAUCUUCAAAUUUUUACAUUUCAUAUUUAACUUUACAAGGUUUAUCAGUUGCUGGUGCAUCAUUAUUUCAAGUUGUUGGUUUAUUUUUAUAUUAUAUCCUUGGAUACAUUUUAGAUAAUACAGUACGUAAAAAAUGGAAUAGAUUUAGUGGAUUAGGUACUAUUGCUUGGGGUACUGUUUUUCCUUUAUUCACACAAUUGGCAAGUAUUACAUUAGUAUACUCAAUUAUAUCACCAUUAAUUUUAGUAUUUGCAAUGUGUGCAUUUUUUUUAAUUUAUAUUGCUUAUUGUCAUAAUAUAACUUAUUGUUUUAUUGAAGCUCCAGAUGCAAGAGGCCAACAUUAUCCAAGAGCUUUAUUUCAAACAUUUACUGGUAUUUAUUUAGGUCAAGUUUGUUUAUUGGGUAUAUUUGCCGUUGGUGAAGGUUGGGGACCAAUUGUAUUACAAGCUAUUGGAAUUGGAGCUACUGUUUUCAUUCAUUUAAAUUUAAACCAUGCAUUUGAUCAUUUAUUAACUGUUGUACCUAUUGAUUGUAUGAGAGCAUUAGAUGGUAAAUCACUGACUCCAUCGUAUUCAGGUCCAAGUGAAUAUCAAACCAAAAUAUUAAAUAGAAAAAAACAAUCUGAAAAAGAAUAUCUUAAAGAAAAGAAGGAACAGGAACAAAUUAAAUCUGAUUUAAUUAACAAUACAGAUGUUGAGGCAAAUGUUGAUGAUGUAAAUACUUUAGUUCCAUUAUUAGCUGAUCGUGAUUUUAAAACAAUUGAAUCAAAAAAUCCAAUAAUUAGAUUCAUUAGACCAGAUGUAUUUUUAAAUUAUAGACAUGUUAAACAAAUAUUACCUGCUACAUAUAAUAUAGAACCAGAAGUAAGUGAUGAUAAACAUGCUUAUGAUGCACCAUUCAUAUCUGCAAAAAUCCCUGGUGUUUGGAUUCCAAAAGAUUCAAUGGGAUUAUCAGAUAUUGAAAGUCAACGGUUAAGAGAAAUAGUACCAAUUUCCAAUGAAAAUGCAAGCUUUAAUGAAAAGGGUAAGAUAAUAUUUCUUGGUACACCACCAAAUUAA